CUGUCAGAUCUUUCAGGCCGAUCCUGUCAGAUAUCCGAGUGACCAUAGUUUGAUUCUGGUAUCAGAGCUCGAUGUACUUGUAGUAUAUAAAAGGCCUCCGAGUUCACUCUUCGACUGGAGCAGAGUUCUCAUUUUCAGUCCAUCCACUCACAAAGCAAAAGCUCCCGAAUGAGGUGCCUCGGGACCUAAGAAAUGCCAUCAGAAUGAAGUUUAGUUUCUCAGACUUGUGAUUUCGGCUUGUAGCCCGGAAACAAUCACUCCCACGGGCAUAGCUUUUCAUUUUGUUCGCUACGGAUUUGCACGAGUUCUAAGGUUUCUGAAACAGGAGCGUGUCCCUCGAGGCAGCAAAUUCCCAUUGUGGCCGGGGAUUCUCUGAACCUGAGCCAUGAAGUACCCCAAACUGAUAUCGCCGACAAGCGUGGGAAGGUGCGACCUGAAGCACCGAGUGGUAAUGUCACCGCUGACAAGGCUGCGGAAUGAUGAGGCGACGGAGGCGCCCGGCGAGAUCAACAAGCUCUACUACUCACAGCGAGCAAGCGAGGGAGGCCUGAUUCUGUCCGAAGGCACUUCCCCGAGUCCAGGCGGAAGGGGAUACAUCCGCGCCCCGGCCGUGUUCAACGACGCGCACGUCCGCGGCUGGAAGCUGGUGACGGACGAGGUGCACGCGAAGGGGGGCUUUAUCUUCUGCCAGCUCAUGCACGCGGGCCGCGUAUCGCAUUCGACGCUGCUGCCGAACCAGCAGCUGCCAGUGUCUCCGUCGGCGAUCCAACCUUCGGGGUUGGUGCACAUCCCGGGGGGUAAGAAGGCCCCGUACGAGGUGCCACGAGCUCUUGAUGUAGAAGAAAUUCCUGGAAUUGUGGAGGAGUAUGUCGUCGCCGCUCGCUGCGCUAUGGAGGCAGGAUUCGAUGGGGUGGAGAUUCAUUGUGGAAAUGGGUAUCUGCCGCAGCAGUUUCUCGCCAAGCAGUGCAACAUUCGGACCGACCAGUAUGGUGGCAGCGUCCCGAAUCGAGCCAGGUUCCUGCUGGAGGUGACAGAUGCCGUCGUUGCUGCAAUCGGAUCCGAUAAGGUCGGAAUGAAGUUGCAACCCGGCGUCACUUUCAGCGGCCUGGUCGAGCCCGAGGACGACUGCUUCGAGCAGCUCGCGUACCUGGGUCCGGAACUGCAGAUGCGCAAAAUGGCCUACGUAUGCUUGUCGAGCUGUAACUAUGCCCCUUACUUCCAGUUUCUAGGCCUGACGGAGCCUAAUUUCAAGAACGAUGUUUGGAGGUUUUUCCGCCAGCAUUACAAGGGGACUCUCAUUAUCAAUGGAGGAUUGUCCCCGGAGAGGGCAGAGGAGUAUGUUGCGGAAGGCACUGCCGAUUGUGUUUCCUUUGGAGUCCCGUUCAUUGCAAAUGCGAAUUUGCCAGAGCUCCUUGCUGCAGGAUUCGAAAAUGAUCAGUUGAAUGCCGGUGGAUGGCAAACGAACCUGUGGUAUUCGCAUGCAGGGCGGCCUGAUGAAGUAGGAUACACCGAUUGGCCUCUUGUGGAACCCACGGUCGCAGCCUAAAAUACCGUUGAGAAGUGUAUAUCCUGUAAGAAACACUUUGUUCCAUACCAGUCCGAAUGUUUGGCCCCAUGAGCGAUCAAUUGAUACUUGUUUUGAUGCAACAGAGAUUCAGGUGAUCUGCAUUUACUCAGUCAGCCAUUUCCUCGGACUGUACAUGACAUGAGUAAUGUAACAGAAAUUUGUGCGAAUGUUCAAUCCAUUGGGACGAAGUUAGUGUCUAGUUACAUAACAGGACUAGGAACAAAUGAUUAACCCGAGGAGAACGCCUUAGAGAAAAAAAAGGCAGUUGAGCUAAAAUACAGUGCAUAAUGUACACUUGCAGUCAAAUAGUCGUCCGAGACCGAAAAUUGCUAGAACAAAUAAAGUGGCCGAAUGUGAGGCUUUUUUCAAAAGUUGGAGUUGCACAAUCAAGCGGUCCUAAUUCAUUCUAGUUAAGUGUAGCUGACGCUCUCUAUCCCUCCCUCACGGAUUGCAUCGCAAUUCCAUCUGUAAGUCUGAGUUCGAGGCUGUAACAAAAAUUAUCUGUUGUCGACAUUUUGAUGAAGAACCUAGACAACAUAUGGAGAGAAAGAGAGUAUCUAAACACUUGACAAGUUGAACAAGUAGUAAGAAUGCUGCUUUGAUACUGUGAGAGUUGGAUGGA